AUGGUGCUGUUGUUAGUUUUUGAGGAUAAGAAUGUCAAGUGUUUAUGUUAUGUUUCUUCACGUAAAACUUUGUUUGUGCUACUGCGAGCAAAGGGAACUGCCUCUUCUCAGGACAAAUGGCUCUUGGUAAACUUGCAGUCUACUAAGGAGUUCAGCUCACAUAUGCUUAAUCGAGAUACAUGGGCUAAUGAAGCUGUCUCUCAAACGAUCAGUACAAACUUUGUCUUUUGGCAGGUUUAUGAUGAUACAACUGAAGGUCAGAAAGUUUACACAUAUUACAAGCUGGAUUCCAUUCCUGUAGUACUCGUUAUUGAUCCCAUCACUGGGCAGAAAAUGCGCUCAUGGGUUGGAAUGGUCCAACCUGAACGAUUGUUGGAGGAUCUAUUGACGUUCAUGGAUAGUGGUCCAAAGGAUCAUCACGUGACUUUAUCACACAAACAACCCAGAGAAAGUUCCAUUCCUGUAGUACUCGGCAUUGAUCGUGAAAGAGUGGAAAGAAUGGAAGCUCGACUGAAAGAAGAUAUCCUGAGAGAAGCUGAACGUUAUGGAGGUGCCAUAAUGGUUAUUCAUGAAACAAAUGAUGGGCAAAUAUUUGACCAGUUGCCUGUCUUUCAAUGCCUUUGUUGUUGUGGCUAA